ACUGCCGGUGAAGGAAAGUAUGACAGCGUACUACAGCCUUCAAGCCAAAGUCAUCCGCUCUAGCGCUGCCGUCCGCUGUCAUCAUGUCUGAGAAAGAGCUCGGCCAAAAGUGGGACCGCUGCCUCGCAGACUGCGCUGUUAAAUUCGGUACCGGUCUGGGUCUAGGAAUUGUGUUCUCUGUUGUUUUCUUCAAGCGCCGGACGUGGCCCAUUGUGUUUGGUACAGGACUGGGUCUUGGCAUGGCUUAUUCCAACUGCCAGAAUGACUUGAGAUCACGUUAUGUACUGCACAGUAAAGUUGCUAAGGAGCAGUAGAGUCACAUCAGUUAUGUCAUCUGCCUUGCUUUUCAUAUUCAAAGCCUGACACAGACUGGUUGUCUUUCUUUCUCCAUAACAUCCAUGUUCUUGUACAGGACAGUCUGUGUGUGUUUAAUAAAAUAUU